GGAAACUAGCGGAAAUACCCGAUGAGAUAACCUCGUUUCAUGGUUGUCGCAAAAGACAUCGACAUGAGUGCGAGUAAAAGACCUACGACCGACACUGUUGCUUUGCUGGAAUCUAAAGGUAUUGCUACUGAUGAUGAAGAUGAUGAAGAUAUUCACUUUUGUAAGAAAUGUCAAAAAGUUUUCAAAAGCAUAGAAUCUUAUCUUGAACAUAAAGUUAAACAUGAUAAUUUCAAGGUGACCUAUUCACGCAGUAAUAAAGACAAGGGAAUAGUUCUACCCAAAUUGACGCAGAGAGUUCCAAGGAUACAAAAAAGUAAAUCUGAAAAUGAAAGCCCAGAGGGAGAGAAGUCAAAUGGUGAUCAGAAGGAAAAUAAAGAGAAAAGAAAGUAUAAGAGAAGAUCGGAAGUUGAUGUUACUCAUAUAAUAGAAAGAAGUACUUAUAUUUGUAAUAAAUGUGACAAGAAAUUUAAUAGGGAAGCAACUCUUAGAUGGCAUAUAAAAUAUGACCACGAGGACUCAGUUGAUGCUGAAGAUGAAGAAGAAGAGGAGCAAUGUGAGGUUGAUGAUGAAACUGAAUAUGUUCCUGAGAAAGAAGAGGAAACACCAACACUACUGGGAACCGAAGAAUUUGAGACAUUGACCACAAAUGCAGAUUCACAGGUACAAGCACCAGAUAGCAAAAGACAGAAGUUAUCAGGCGAGGAAAUGUCUUUAAGACCCUUCUGUUGUGAACAAUGUGGAAACAGAUUUAGAGAUUUCCAAGUUUUAAAGGUUCAUCAACUGACUCAUACUAACAGAAGAGACCAUCCCUGUACUUUUGAAGGAUGUGAAUAUGCUUUCAAAACUAGAGGAUCAUUGAAAAGACAUUUACGAAGACAUACAGGUGAACGUCCCUUCGAGUGUGCAAAAUGCAAACGGACAUUUACAGAAGCAGGAGCACUGACUAGACAUAAUAAAUCAAGGAACCCAUGUACAGAGAAGUCUGAUUCUGAUUUUCCGAGAUAUGGUAAACAGUGGAAACCUGAUCAUAAUAUAUCAGCUAAUGUUGGUGCAGUUCAACAAUUAGUGAGAUUAGAUGAAGGAACAUCAACUGGUGAUUUACAACCAGAUGAUGAUGCUGUUAAUCAUAUUGAUGGUGAUAGUCAAGUUGUAGCUGGUAAUGAAACAAUACAUGCUGAAAUAAUUACUCAGAAUGCUGAUGGUAGUAUUGGAACUAUUAAUAUAGUUACAUUAGAUAAUCUAGCAGCUGAAGAAUUAGAAGGUCUUGAACCAACACAAUGUAGGGUUUGUAAAGAAGAUCUGUUAACAUUCAGUAAUUUAAAAGAUCAUUUACGAAUACAUCUGGCCGAUAUGACCUUUAAAUGUUCUACAUGUCAUUUUACUACAGAUAAAAUGGAUGAAUUAGAUUCUCAUAUGAUAACUGUUCAUCAAACUCCAGUCAAGGAUGAUGAAAAUGGACAAAGUAAAAUAAGGACAUGUUUUGAAUCAUCGACUCCAGAUGAAGAGAAAAGAAAUGCACAAAUAGCAGUGCGUCAAUUGUUAGAAAUACCAGGUGCCUUGGACCCUGAUGAUACAUCGAACUUCGGAGCAGCUAGAAAUGCCUAUAAAUGUCCAGCCUGUGAUCGUACGUUCCGUGGGAGUAGCUAUCUAAAACAACAUAUGAAAAGUCAUGCAGGAGUAAAGCCGAAUAAAUGCAGUAUUUGUGAGAAAAGUUUUACUACUAAAGAUGCGUUAACUAAACAUCUAACGGUACAUAGCGAUGAUCGUCAGUUUAAAUGUGGAGAGUGUGGCAGACUAUUUAAACGAAUCUCACAUAUUAGAGAACAUCUUAAAACUCACAGUACAGAAAGACCAUAUGUCUGUCAAAUAUGUAAGAAGGCCUUUAAAACAAUGAAUGCAGUAAAAGUGCAUCAAAGAACGCAUAAUAAUUUUCUACCAUACCAGUGUAAAUUCUGUGAUAGAUUUUUUCGAGAGAAAAGUUCACUUCAAAGACAUACCAGGAUGCAUACUGGAGAGAGGCCUUAUAGAUGUAAUCACUGUAAUAGAGGAUUUUCAGAACAUGGAACUUUAACUCGUCAUUUAAAAUCUAAAGUUCCGUGUACCAAGCAACUGUAUUUAACUAGAAAGGAUGGAAUGUUGGAGACAAUCGUUGAUAAUGAAGAGAUGCCGUCUGUUCUUACAGAAUUUUCAUCUGUCGUAGCAGAUACACAAUAUAUAUUACAAGAUGGUGGUGAUUCUGUUGAUUUAUCAGGAACUGAAUAUGUUGUGGUUCAUACUGAUGUAGAAAAUUCUGACCAGAUACAGAAUCUGGAGAUAGUUACUGAUGGAGAGAUAGAUCCCGCCAUCUUAGAUCAACUGACAAAUGAAGGAUCAUAUGUUGUUGUGAGUGAACAUGGUAAUAAUCUACGUAUCAUAGAUUCAGCAACAGGACAAACAUUAGCAACAUUGCCCGAAGCUACAUCAAAUGAAACUGUAACGCUACCUUUAUCUGAAAAUGAGAUCGAAGCAAUAGCCAUGGCACCUGUUUCAGACUCUGAUGCUGUACAUGAAGCAAUGAUAGUUGCCAAUGUUGUUGAUGAACCAGCCAGUGAUAUUAAUACAGCUGAAGUUCAUGCCACCGAGGUCAUGGAGACAAAAAUAGAAUAAAUUGAUACAUUAGAUUAAAAUCUCAGUCUGAUUAAAACACAGAUCCUAUUUUGUUUCUUUUUUUAUAGUACAAAAUUUUGUUUUUACUUGUCUUAACUACACUGGAAGAGUUGUUAUAUAACCUGCAUCCUGGUUGAAGUGAGGGAUUAGCCAAUGAAGCGGUCUGUUACGGCAAGUUGUGGGUAUUCUACUAGAAACGUCAACGCUGAUUGGUUAAUCAAAUGUCUGACGCCAUAUGGUCAAAAGCCGACCGUAUGACCCCUGACGCGACCUAUCACUACAAUUAGUCAGAUCUUCAUGUAGUGUAGAACAUCGAAAGUAUAAAAACAAAAAAAAAAUAUAUAGAUCUGUAUUUUAAUCAGACUGAAUAAAAUCUGAACAUCAAUUCAUUAUCUUCGUUGUGAACUGGCAUUUAGCAGUGGCAUUUAGCAUACGUGAUACACACAAAAACAUAAUCUGGAACACAAUUACUAUUUUAACUAAAGCGACGUUUCGUUUAGGGUUCUCAACAUUAUCCAGCAAAUCAAUUCAUUAGAUUGAACAGUUUCCCAUAAUAUUCCAUAAUAAAUAUGAUAAAUGUGCAUAUCAAAUGAAUUGACUUUUUUUCCAGUUAUUUAUAGCAAAUUUUUUGUUUGUAAUAUUUGUAUGAUGUAGUUCAAGUUUGUUUACAUCUUGUUCCUUUUUGUAAAUAAAUGAUUAAAACAA